AUGUCAUCCUCGCUGCCGGAGCUGGCAGAGCAGCCGAAAAAAAAGAAGCCUUUGCCCUUCAAACGUGCCGCCUCGCGACAGACGCCAGCCAACCCUACGACCGAUGCACCUUCCGCAGCAGGCGAUAGUGAUCUUGAAUUCUGGAGUCGGUCCAAGGAUUUCUUUUCCACUAGUAUUCACGAGGAGAGCGACUCGGAUCAAGAUGCCAGGAUACGAGUGUCGCCUCCCGAUAAUCACCAUCGUAAGCGCAGAAAGGUGUCGCCCGAGAGCGUGAAACGCCAAAACAGGGAGCACACCCCAUUUUCCACCGAAGAGUCUACAGCGCGAGCCAAACAGACCCUAACUUUAGGGGAAUCUGACGAUGACCCAAUCCUGGGCAUCAAGGGCAAAGGCAAGGAGAUCAUCAAACCUAACAAGCAGCUCACCCCGCGGAAGUCCACCUCGGCUACGUCUUCAAAACCCUCGAUUGUGUUCCUUAACGAUGACGACGGCGGCCCCGCAGAGCUGGAGGUCAAGCCGAAGAAGCUAUCCCCGAAAAGCAGUCGAUCCGUGAGACACAGCUCACUCGAUGAGAUGCUUGGUGAUCGUGGAAAUUUCAAAACAGAAUCCGAAGAAGAGCCAGAGAUAGCCGGAUGGGAGGCGAAAGCCCGGGAACUGACACGGAAAACUCCCGAAGCCACUAUAUACGUCAUACUAUCGUCCAGGAUCCCCGAUACAAAACCACUCAUAGUGAGACGAAAGCUUCAUCAGGACAUGAAGUUGGUCUUGGGUACUUGGAUUGAAACCCAAAGGAACGGCGCGAACUUGGAAGUUCCCCCUGACGUGGCAGACAAGCUUGUCUUGACAUGGAAGGGAAACAAGAUAUACCAGCACAGCACUGCCGCUUCCCUGGGUGCACAGGUGGAUGCCCACGGAAAGCUGAUAGGUAGCGUGGGCGAAGGUUAUACGACCUCGGGAGGUUCUAAAACUCUUCUCCUCCACUUGGAAGUAUGGACCGAAGAGACCUAUACCGAAUACCAGGAGAAGAGAGAACGCGAAAGGGGCUUGAAGCUGGGCACUGUGGACGAAGACCCAUUCAAGUUUGACAUCGGACCGGAUGAAGCAUCGUCUACUCGGGAGAAGCAAAAGGGUAUCAAAGUCGUCCUCAAAGCGAAAACACAUGAACCACUCAAGAUGAGUGUUCAUAGUGACACAACAGUGGGCUCACUCGUGACGGCUUUUCGCAAAAACCGAGGGGUUGGCCCGGAGCAGGACAUCGCCAUCUACUUCGAUGGUGAGAGCUUGGAUAAGGAUUCUCUGGUUGUCUCUGCCGAUAUCGAUCCAGACGAGACGAACCAAUUAGAAGUCCAUUUGAAGUAG